UGUGAUCAGCUGAAAAUCGGACUGUUUCCACUCGAAGCUGCAUUGCAGAAUUGCGACAAUCCCGCGACCUCGGAACCUGCUCUCGGAACCUAUACCCAAUGUCUGGAUCAUCCCCGGAGCCAUCGCUCCUGCACCGUUCUUUAGCGUACCAGCCCCAUAGAGUUGUUUCAGCUUCAGGCCAUUACCUUUUCCUAGAGGACGGAAAAUCUAUUCUCGAUGCUUGUGGUGGCGCUGCUGUAGCCAUAAUAGGCCAUGGAAACAAGGAAGUUAUUGCAGCUACUGUAAGACAGAUGAGUCUUGUCAGCUACGUGCACACGGGUGCAUACACUACAGACUCUGCCGAAGAUCUGGCCAAGUGCAUCCUCGAGCACCAAGGCGCAGCCGAAUGCAGCCCUUACAGGCAUGAUCUGACCAAAGCCUUCUUUGUUGGCAGUGGCAGCGAGGCGAACGACGCUGCAAUGAAGUGUGCUCGUCAGUACUGGUUCGAAAAGAACGAAACACAGCGGAGGAUCUUUGUUGCAAGGAAGCAAGGAUACCAUGGAAACACAUUCGGUGCUAUGUCUGUAUCUUCCGUUAUCGGACGCAAGGUGCCUUACGAGCAGAUCCUGCUUCCUAACGUCUCUUUCGUUGGCCCGGCCGACCACUAUCAUGGUGCCAAAGAUGCAGAAACGGAAGAAGAAUACGUUACGCGACUUGUUGAGGACAUCGAGCAAGAAUUUCUGCGACUUGGACCUGAAAAUAUCAUAUCUUUCAUUGGCGAGACGGUAAGUGGCGCGACUCUAGGUGCCAUGGCAUCACCGAAGGGCUACUGGCCUUCAGUUCGUACACUUUGCGACAAGUACGGCAUACUCUUGCAUCUAGAUGAGGUCAUGUGCGGAACGGGUCGCACAGGCACCUAUUUCGCUUUUGAGCAAGAAAGAAUCCAGCCGGACAUUGUCACUAUUGGCAAAGGGCUCGGAGGCGGGUAUGCUCCUAUCGCAGGCAUGCUUAUAAAUCGGAAGAUUGUAGAUGCUCUUAAGGAAGGAUCAUCGGCAUUCAACCAUGGACAAACUUAUCAGGCGCAUCCUACUUCUUGCGCUACUGCUUUGGCAGUCCAGCAGAUCAUCAAGCGCGACCACCUCGCAGAUAGAUGCGCCAUUCAAGGACAAAAGCUGGGCCGACGUCUUCAAGACACGUUCAAAGAGUGCAAAUAUAUUGGGGACAUAAGAGGACGUGGGCUAUUCUGGUGCCUAGAGUUCAUGGAAAAUGCCACAACAAAAAGGCCUUUCCCUCCGCAAAUGGCUUUUGGAUCUACCCUGCAGCUCGCUGCAUUCGAUUUGGGUGUAGCAUUAUACCCUGGUGUCGGUACGGUGGACGGCUUGGAAGGAGAUCACAUACUAAUUGCGCCUCCAUAUACUGUAACAGAUGCGGAGCUGGAUACCAUCGUCUCGACUCUGAAGAAAGCAUACGACGAUACUGUGAAACAGCUCCUUGGAUGCUGAUCGAUACGUUCU